CACAAGUAGCUGUAGACGGUGCUGAUCCGGUGCUAUCAGAAGAACUGUACCGCGGAUAUUUUCCAAAAACCAAGCGAAAAAUGUCAAACGCAACACCUGCAAGCAAGCCCUCCAACGCUGACAACCCUCGGGUUUUCUUAGACGUUGAUAUUGGCGGAGAAAGAGUGGGGCGUAUAGUGUUAGAGCUAUUCGCUGAUGUCGUCCCUAAAACCGCCGAGAACUUCAGAGCUCUCUGCACCGGCGAAAAGGGAGAGGGUGCGACUACAGGGAAGCCACUGCACUUCAAAGGAUGCCCUUUCCACAGGAUUAUUAAGAAGUUCAUGAUCCAGGGAGGGGAUUUCUCACGUCAAAAUGGCACUGGAGGAGAGAGCAUUUACGGGGAGAAGUUUGAAGAUGAAAACUUUCAGUACAAGCAUGAUAAGGAAGGUUUGCUGAGCAUGGCCAAUUCUGGACCCAACACAAAUGGUUCCCAGUUUUUCAUCACCACCGUACCGACCCCGCAUCUUGAUGGGAAGCAUGUAGUCUUUGGGCAGGUUCUAAAAGGAAUGGGGGUUGUCAAAAUUUUGGAGGCUGCGGAGACAAAGGAGGAUGCCCCAGUGAAGCCGUGCAUCAUAGCUGAGUGUGGAGAACACAAGCAAGGAGAUGACUGGGGGGUUGCACCAAAUGAUGGCUCAGGGGACACCCAUCCAGACUUUCCAGAGGACUCAGAUAUAGAUUUCAAAGACGUUGACAAAAUUUUAUCAGUUGCUGAAGAUGUCAAAAGUAUUGGGAACAACUUCUUCAAAACCCAAAACUGGUCAGCAGCUAAUAAGAAGUACUCCAAAGCCCUAAGGUACCUGGAAGUCUGUGGAGAUGUGGUGGACGAUGACGACGCACAGAAAAAACUUGAACCCAUAGCCUUGAGCUGUAUUUUGAACAUUGCUGCUUGUAAGCUGAAAAUGCAGCUCUGGCAAGAAGCCAUCGACAGCUGCAGCGAGGCACUUGAACUGAACCAAACAAACACUAAAGCACUGUACAGGAGGGCUCAAGGAUGGCAAGGAAUGAAGGAGUACGAUAAAGCACUGCUUGACCUUAAAAAAGCUCAAGAAAUAGCACCAGAGGAUAAAGCUAUUGGGAACGAGAUACUGAGGGUCAGACAGAAGGUGAAGGAGGAGAAGGAGAAGGAGAAGAGAACAUAUGCAAAAAUGUUCGCGUGAAGAUUUCCACUGUAGAUACUGAGGAGGGUUAUCUCACUGUGCGGACAUGAGCAACACAUUCAGAUGGCCAGGCGGGAAUUCGUGGUCCCUUCCUUUGACAUUUGAACCAUACACGGGUUUAAUAGCCUACACCUGUGGUAUCAACAUUUACUUUGACUUAAGAUCAGCCAAGCCAAUAGUGCUAUAUUUUGAGUGAUAAGAAUAUUUUCUGGUCUAUUUUAUGUAUUGUCUAAUUGUUUGGUGGGACAAAAAACAUUUCUAUUAAAUGAAAUUGUAAAGAUGCACUAUUAGAAGCAACAGGAAGGUGAGAAUCCUGGACUGUCUCACACAUGCAUGGUCGAAGGUGCAAGAAAAAUAUCUUGUGUUCAACAUGUCAUAUGCUUUUACCUCCUUUUACUGUACCAGGUGAACUUUACUGUGUUGUAUCUGUUCCCAAGUAGAUUACUGUUGUAGACUGAACUUUUCUCAGUAAAGGACUGAUUACCUGAUCCCUGUUCAGUAACUUAUUUGUGUUUGCAAACUUUGAAUGGUUGCACAAAUACCUAACCACAAAAUUCAUACACUUGAAAUGCCACGUGAAUCCUGGGAUUUUUCUG